CCCUAAUCCCAAUUCCUGGUCAACGCCUGCCUCCUCCCGCGCGCUUCCAUAAAGUCGUGCCACCAUUUCUUCUCCAGAGCAAGAUCAAUCUCACAUCUCCUCCCCUCCUGAUCGAGGCGCCAUGACCAUGAGGUCGUCGUCCAUGGCGACAGCACCGCUCUUCCUCGCCGCCGUGUUCCUCCUCUUCGCCGCCCAGGGCGGCCAUUGCAUGAAAUUGUGCAUGGACUCGAGCUUCCCGAGGGCGGUGAACGGGUCCCUGUCCUUCUGCGGCUACAACGGCACGGCCUGCUGCAACGCCACGGACGACGCCGCCAUCGGCAAGCAGUUCGCCGCCAUGAACAUCUCCGGCACGCCCUGCGGCGACAUGCUCAUGUCCAUCCUCUGCGCGAAAUGCAACCCGUACGCCGGCGAGCUGUUCACCGUGAAGAAGAACCCCCGGACGGUGCCGCUGCUGUGCAACACCACGGAAACGGGGUACUGCUCCAAGGUGUGGGGCGCCUGCAAGGCCGUGUCCAUCCCGGGCUCGCCAUUCCAGCCACCAAAAGGCGGCGUCUCGGCGCCGAAGCUCACAGAAGUCUGGCAAUCAGAGCUCGACUUCUGCGGCGCUCUGGGAGGCGCCCCAAGCACUUCCACAACCUGCUUCGACGGCGAGUCGGCAGCCUUCAACACGACGCCGGCGUCCCCGCCGACGAACGGCAUGUGCCUGGAGCGCGUCAGCAACGGCUCCUACCUCAACAUGGCGCCACACCCGGACGGCUCCAACCGCGUCUUCCUCAACAACCAGGCCGGCAAGGUGUUCCUGGCCACCGUGCCGCCGCAGGGCUCCGGCAAGCCGCUGGGCCUCGACGUGGCCAGCCCGUUCCUCGACAUCACGGACGAGGUGCACUUCGACAACGAGUUCGGGCUCCUCGGCAUGGCCUUCCACCCGGACUUCGCCCGCAACGGGAGAUUCUUCGUCUCCUACAGCUGCGACAAGACGCAGUCGGCGUCCUGCUCCGGCCGCUGCGCCUGCAACUCAGAUGUCGGCUGCGACCCGUCCAAGCUCGGCGCCGACAACGGCGCGCAGCCAUGCCAGUUCCAGAACGUCAUCGCCGAGUACUCCGCCAAUGCCUCCUCCGGAUCCCCGUCCACGGCGACGUCGGCGAACCCGACGGAGGCGAGGAGGAUCCUCACGCUGGGGCUGCCGUUCACGACGCACCACGCCGGCCAGAUCCUCUUCGGCCCGGCCGACGGGUACAUGUACUUCAUGAUGGGCGACGGUGGCAGCCAGGGUGAUCCUUGGAACUUUGCGCAGAACAAGGGGACACUGCUCGGGAAGGUCAUGCGGAUCGACAUCAACAACAUACCAACUGGUAACAAUACUCCCGGGUGGGGAAACUACGGCAUCCCCAAGGAUAACCCCUUCUCCGUGGACCCAAAGUUCGCGCCAGAGGUGUUCGCCCUGGGCUUCAAGAACCCCUGGCGCUGCAGCUUCGACUCCGGCAAGCCGUCCUACUUCUUCUGCGCCGACGUCGGCCAGUCGUCGUACGAGGAGGUGAGCCUGGUGGUGAACGGCGGCAACUACGGGUGGCGCGUCUUCGAGGGGCCGAACCCGUUCCCGGUGAUGUCGACGCCCGGCGGCAACACCUCGGCGGGCUCCAUCAACGCCAUCCCGCCCGUCAUGGGCUACGCCCACAACACCGUCAACAACAAUGUCGGCUCCGCCGCCGUGACCGGCGGCCAGGUCUACCGGUCCAUGACCGACCCCUGCCUCAACGGCAGGUACGUCUACGCCGACCUCUACGCGCAGGCCAUGUUCGCCGGCACCGAGACACCCGUGGGCAGCGGCGUGUUCAACGACACGCCGCUGCCGUUCGCCUGCGCCAAGUCGUCGCCGAUCCCCUGCGACGCCUCGCCCAAGAGCGCGCUGCCGUCGCUGGGAUACAUCUUCUCCUUCGCCGAGGAUAAUGCCAAGGACGUCUUCCUGCUUACCAGCAAGGGUGUUUACCGGGUGGUCGAUCCUAGCAGGUGUAACUAUGCUUGCCCGAUCAAGAGCUCCGCAGCCGUGGAGUCGCCGCCACCCGCGGCGUCGCCGAGCUCGGCUUUCAGAGCGCGGAGUCCUGCCGUGGCCACGGUGAUGCUGGCGGGGGCGUUGCUUGUCAUGUUGAUGACCUUGGGCUUUUGAGAAGCUAGUGUUUGUUUGAGCUCAGGAUGUUUUGUGAAAUUGCCAUAUUAUGGUUGUGGUGUUUUGAUGGUACAUAUAAUUCGGACAAUUUGUAUGUGCUUCUGUGUGUGUUGUCAUUUGAAAAAUUCCAUGUAAUUAGUUAUAGGCAGGCUACAAUAUUUGUGAAUUUAAUUACCAGUAAA